AUGGGGUCGGUUCUGCCCGCCGAGGCGCUCCUGCUGAAGUCCAGGUUCAGAUCUCAGCUGUGUGAAAUCAUCACCUCUGACAUUCUGCACAGUUUUCUGUACGGCCGGUGGAGAAAUGUGCUCGGGGAGCAUCUGUAUGAAGACAAGCAACAUCUCAGCAGCAGCAGCUUGAGCCCAAAAACCGCGUUCACCGCUGAAGUUCUGGCGCAGUCUUUCACUGGAGAGGUUCAGAAGCUGUCUAGUCUGGUUCUGCCGAGCGAGGUCAUCAUCGCCCAGAGUUCGGUCCCUGGAGAAGGUCUGGGGAUUUUCUCCAAAACCUGGAUCAAAGCCGGCACUGAGAUGGGCCCUUUCACCGGGAGGGUCAUCUCCCCCGAGCAUGUGGACCAGCACAAGAACAAUAACCUGAUGUGGGAGGUGUUUAAUGAGGAUGGCACAGUCCGGUGCUUCAUUGAUGCCAGUCAGGAAGACCAGCGCAGUUGGAUGACGUACAUCAAAUGUGCCAGAAAUGAACAGGAGCAAAACCUGGAGGUGGUUCAGAUCGACAGCCGCAUCUUCUACAAAGCUCUGGAGACUAUUCCACCGGAUCAGGAGCUGCUUGUUUGGUACGGAAAUUCCCAAAAUACCUUCCUUGGUAUUCCUGGUGUUCCGGGCACCGAGGAUGAGCACCAGAAAAAGAGAAGCGACGACUCGCACAUGUGUGAUGCCCCGCCUUCAUCACUGGCCUCAUCUUCCUCGUCAUCAGCUGCAAGUCGCAUGCGCUGCGUCAUCUGUCACCGCGGCUUCAAUUCCCGCAGUAACCUGCGCUCGCACAUGCGCAUUCACACCCUGGACAAACCGUUCGUCUGCCGCUUCUGCAACCGUCGUUUCAGCCAGUCUUCCACGCUCCGCAACCACGUCCGCCUGCACACCGGCGAGCGGCCCUACAAAUGCCACGUCUGCCAGAGCGCGUACUCGCAGCUGGCAGGCCUGCGGGCGCACCAGAAGAGUGCCAGACACAGGCCGAGCAGCUCAAACGCUGACGCCGGGCAGAUAUCGCCUCCUCCGACACAAAUGCCACCCGUCUCUCACCACGCACUGCUGCGUCAUAUUCCCACCAUGGUGCUCUGAUGGCAAAGAACGAGAUGAACUGAACAAAGUCCAGUUACACGGCACUUUAAGAUGGGACACGCUCAAAGGGUCACUUCCGAUGGGUUUCGGCGGGAACGAUCAAGCAUUGGUCGCUCGGAUGAAUCAAUGGAUGUUGGACUGUGACAGUUUCAUUAUCUCAAGCGAUGUGUGGAGCAGCUUUGGAAAAUUCCCAAACAACGACAAGAUGACAAAAUGACACCAUGUCCUCACUAAAGGCCUUAAAGUUUAGCAGAGAAAUCAAUGAGCACAAAUGCAUCUUUAAUGUGGGGUGCGUUUUAAUAGUCACUUAUUACAUGUUUGUAAUGUUCCUGCCGUGCUCUUUAAAGCUCAGUCGACAGCAUUUGUGGCAUAAUGUAUUUGGACUCGUCCCUCGUUUAUUUUGAAAUAAUCAAAAAGGCUCUCACAAUGGAAGUCAAUGGGGCCAGUGCACACACAUUAAAAUACUGUUUCAAAAGUAUAGCCACAAGACGUAAACAUUACAUGCAGCAAAGGGACAGUUCACCUAAAAAUGGAAAUUCUCUCAUUAUUUACUCACCCUCAUGCCAUUCCAGACGUGUGUGACUUUCUUUCUUCUGCACAACACAAAUUAUGAUUUUUAGAAGA